AUGGAGAAAGAAGCAAGACCCAACUGGGACAACCCCAUACAGUUUGUUCUGGCAUGCGUCUCAUAUGCGGUCGGACUUGGAAAUGUUUGGCGUUUUCCAUACCUCUGUCAAAUGCACGGUGGAGGGGGGUUUUUGAUUCCAUAUUUCGUCAUGCUGAUUCUGGAGGGUGUUCCCUUAUUCUACUUGGAGCUUGCCAUUGGUCAGAAGAUGAGUAAAGGCAGCAUCGGGGCAUGGACGGCCAUCAGCCCUUAUUUGGGAGGAGUAGGCCUCGCUAGUGUUGUGACAUCCCUGUAUCUGUGUCUCUAUUACAACAUCAUCAAUGCAUGGAGUUUCUGGUACCUCUUUCAUUCAUUUCAAUCAGUCCUGCCAUGGGCAGACUGCCCCAUCAAUGCCAACCGGACAGGACCUAUAGAGGAGUGUGAAACGGCCACGGCCACGCAGUACUUCUUCUACAGGGAAACACUAGACAUCUCUGCGUCUAUUGAAGAGAACGGAGGCGUUCAUACAGGCCAGGCACUGUGCCUCUUGCUUGCCUGGAUGAUCACCUACCUGUUCAUUGUCCGAGGAGUCAAAUCAACUGGAAAGGUGGUGUACUUCACAGCCACUUUUCCAUAUGUGGUCCUCCUCAUCUACCUGAUCCGCGGUGUGACACUUCACGGUGCCAUCAAUGGUGUCAAAUACAUGUUCACACCAAAGAUGGAACAGCUUGCUGACCCUACUACAUGGAUCAAUGCGGCCACUCAGAUCUUUUUCUCUUUGGGUUUGGGUUUUGGGACACUCAUAGCUUUUGCCAGUUACAACCACUACAACAACAACUUUGAGAGGCAGGCCAUUGUUGUGUCCUUCAUCAACAGUGGAACCUCCAUCUUUGCCAGCAUUGUCACCUUCUCCAUCUAUGGGUUCAAGGCAACCGUCAACUAUGAGAACUGCCUGGAGAGGACACGCUUACUGCUGCUAAAUGCUUUUAAUCUAGCAGAGGACACCAUCAACAUAGACAAUGUCUGUGAUUGGAUUGUGAAACUCAACACAACAUUCCCGGAGCAGUUUGCCAAAAUCGCCAACAAACUGGAAGACUGUAACCUGGAGAGUGAACUAGACACUGCAGUAGAGGGGACAGGUUUGGCCUUCAUUGUGUACAGCGAGGCCAUUAAGAAUAUGCCAUUGUCUCAGCUAUGGUCAGUACUCUACUUCAUCAUGCUCCUGCUGUUGGGAAUGGGCAGCAUGCUGGGCAACGUCACUGCCAUCAUCACCCCACUACGAGACUUCAAAGUUGUUUCCCACAUAAGCGUCGAGUUGCUCAAUGGUUUGGUGUGUUUGUUUUGUUUGCUGCUCGGCCUGGGCUUUACCACCACCUCAGGAAAUUACUGGUUCACCAUGUUCAACGACUAUGGAGCUAAUUUCUCCCUACUGUUCAUUGUCCUCAUCGAGGUUGUAACUGUCAGUUACAUCUAUGGAAUUAGAAGGUUUGAAAAAGACAUAGAAGACAUGCUCGGCCAUCGUCCCAACUGGUACUGGAAGUUGAUGUGGGCAAUAGUCAGUCCCCUUCUCCUUAUCACCCUCUUCGUCGUAUACAUUGUCAACUACAUCAGAGGAGGGACACCCACCUACCAAGCAUGGAACAAAGAGUUGGGUAAGACAGUGGUGACGAAUUAUCCUGUCUUUGGUCAAGUCUUCAUCGGGCUGCUGCUAGUGUCGUCAGUCAGCUGUGUUCCCCUCACAGCUCUGUAUGCUUACUACAGGAAGAGGAAGCAUGGAAAUCAACUGAAGAGGGAGCAUACUGUCAGCACAGUGUCUGGUCAUUAACCAGAGGAUGAAAGGGACUGGCCAUCCACCAUCACCUGCCUUCCUACAGACCUGAAUGUCUCUGUCCUUUGGCUAAAUGCAGCAAAAAAACAGACUUUGUCAGAGUUAGAUAUUUUCAGGGGAAUGUACAAUUUUCUCAGUAUUAA